CGGUCCAGCCCCGGAUCCAGCCCCGGUCCAGCCCCCGUCCGGCCCCGCGAUGUCGCCGCGCUCCGCCCGCCUGGCGCGGCUGUCGCGCUCCGUCACCUUCAGCGCCUGCCACCGCCUGCACAGUAAAUCACUGAGUGAUGAAGAAAACCUGAAGCUGUUUGGGAAAUGCAACAACCCAAAUGGCCACGGACACAACUACAAAGUUACAGUCACGGUGCGUGGACAGAUUGACCCAGUCUCAGGAAUGGUUAUGAACCUGACAGACCUGAAGGAGUACAUGCAGGAGGCGAUCAUGGAGCCGCUGGACCACAAAAACCUGGACAAGGACGUGCCGUACUUCGCCGAGGUGGUGAGCACCACGGAGAACGUCGCCGUGUUCAUCUGGGAGAACCUCCAGAGGCUCCUGCCCCCGGGAAUCCUUUACAAGGUGAAGGUGCACGAGACGGAGCAGAACGUUGUUGUUUAUAAAGGAGAGGAAACAACGGCUGGGAAGUGAAAGGAGCCCCAGCUCAGCUGGUCACAGUCAGAUCAGUGGAUUAUUUUGACCCCGCUCUCUGUGUUUCCCACACCUGGACCUUGCUCCUGUGCUGCAUAAGGACAAACACACAGGAAUUCUUGCAGCAAUCCAGCCACUCUGCUUCUCAGAAUUUGUUCAUUUUUUUCUCAAGGUGUUCCUGUUUUGCAAACCCAAACCACCAGGGUUGAUGUGAAAUCUGCAGUUGUGCCAUGUGAAAUAAAGCAGCUUUUGAGCAAAAUGUAUUUUUGGCAAAAUGUAUGUUGUGUCCAGUCACAAAAAGCUUUGAUUUUUCUCUAAUUAAAUGUUGAAUUAAUUUA